AUGGAUUUCUCCGCCGGCGGCGGCCGCGGCGAGCCGGCCCGCUGGCUGGACAUCGCCGGCAAGCUCCUCGCGGCGCGCGACCUGGUCGGCUGCAAGCGCCUCGCGGAGCGCGCGGUGGACGCCGACCCGCUCCUCCCAGGAGCCGACGAGCUCCUCGCCGUCGCCGACGUCCACCUCGCGUCCCAGCGCCUCCUCCCCUCCGGCCGCCCCGAUCCCCUCGCCGUCCUCCAGCUCCAGCCCGACCCCGACACCGCCGACGUCAAGCGCUCCUUCCGCCGCCUCGCCAACCUCCUCGCCUCCCCGCGCAAUCCCCACCCCGGCGCCGACACCGCCCUCCGCGCCGUCGAGGAGGCCUACGCCCACCUCUCCGAGACCACCACCCCUUCCGCACCCGCUGCUCCCGGCGACGCCUCCGCCGCGGCAGAUACGUUCUGGACGGCCUGCCCCCACUGCUGCCAUGUGCACCAGUACGAGCGCGCGCUGGCGGGGCGCAAGCUCAGGUGCCCCAGCGCCGGGUGCCGGCAACCGUUCGUGGCCACCGAGAUCCCGUCCGCGCCGCCUGUUGUGCCGGGCACCAACAUGUACUACUGCGCCUGGGGUUUCGUCCCAAUGGGAUUCCCCAAGCCAGCCGAUGUGAGCACCAACUGGAAGCCAUUCCGCCCGAUGCCGCCACGGGAUUCAUCUGCUCCACAGCCAGCAUCUGUUAGUAAACAAACUGUGGUGACUAGCAGUGGACAUGCUAAUGCCAAUGCGCCGCCAUCAAAUGCGCAUCCAGCAGCUACGAGUGCUGGUGGUGGCGUCGUGGCAGGGCCACCUAGAGGUAAAAUGAAGAAGACAACAGCCCGCAAGAAGGUUGGCUCUGCCUCGAAGAAGCAUGCUUCCAGCGGUGUGGAGAGCGGCAUCGAGCCAUCUUUGCUUGGGUCGGACUUGAACGGGAAUAUGGAGAGUGGAAUCGCGGUGAACUCCAAGGGAAUAAACAUAAAUGAGGUGGCAAAGCCAACUGAUGGCGGCAGCACAAUGUUGCAUUUUGGCGGGGAUGCGGACAUCGGGUUUGACUUGGAUGUUGAUGCAGCGGAUGAUAUAAUGGGGAAUUUGCACAGUCUGCCAUUCUUGAGGGAGGAUGACAGUUCCAGACGGCUGUUCUAGUUGCUGUGGUUGGUGAUGGUAUACCAUAGAAGUAGUGUAGCAUAUGAUGGUUGGAGGAAUAUCCUUUGCUGUCACUUUUGCUUUUAGUGUCAUGUCAGUUAUGUUGGUCUUAUGCUUCGUAGUAGUCUACCCUGUGUAUGUAGAUAGCUGGUGGUAUGCUGUAGCAUCUACUAGAUGAGUA